AUAGUUUUGGUUUGUUAUUUUGAAGGAUAGAGAAGAUUGAGUGCUCUAGUUACAGUAGUAUGUAGGGAAACUGACAAGUCGAAAGACAAAGAAGAAGAUUUCUGGACUGUAAUUUAAAACAACAAGCUAUGGCCGAAGCUCCAAAGCUCUAUACCAAUAAACCCAAAAAGGCGCAGUUGAAACAAUUUCAAGGGAAGGACUUUUCUUCACCAUCUUCGUCUUCGUCGUCAAUGGGGACUCAGCCUCCACAUCCACCUCCUCCUCAGCCCCCUAAAGAAUCAUUUGCUCGGCGUUACAAGUUCCUCUGGCCUUUGCUUCUCACUGUUAAUCUCGCUGUUGGAGCUUAUAUUUUCAUGAGAACGAAAAAGAAAGAGACAGACGUAGAGCUAGUGGAUGAAGUUGCAACUCCAGUUCAAACGACAGCUGCUGUCACUGUCCCUCUUGAGAAAUCUCUACCUUCGCCAGCCAUCAAAGAGCCUCCUCCUAAGUUGCGUGAACCAAUCUCAGGGAAUCAACAACGUGAACUUUUCAAGUGGAUAUUGGAAGAGAAAAGAAAAGUUAGAACAAAUGAUCCCGAAGAAAGGAAGCGGAUUGAUGAGGAGAAAGCUUUACUUAAGCAGUUUAUUCGAGCAAAGUCUGUCCCAAGCAUCUAACUGGUGAACAACUGUUGUCAAAGUAUUAAGGAAUGUCCGAAAAAGAAAAGAGAAACCCAGUUGUUUAGUAUUCCAAAUUUCACUUCGUUGAUUGCCAUCACAUUGUGAUUAGACUUUUGCUGAGUUACAAUGGAUGUUCUUGAUUUUUUUUUUUUUUAAAAUGCCAAAUUGCCAUCUGUAAAUUAAAAUGUUAUGUUUGGUCUGCUGCAGAAAGUUGUGGAUUUUGUAGUUGCUUGGUUACAAAUUACAAUGAGACAGUUGCAGUAUAAAACGCACUUUCCUAUUA